ACGUACGUCGCGGAUCUUUUGGCGGAUACGCUACUUGUCGUCGUCGUCGUCGUCAUCAUCGUCGUCGCCGUCGUCGGUGUUGCCGUUGCCGUUACCGGUACAGCCACGCACUGCCGUUAUCGAUGCUCAGUCGAAUCGGCUACGAUCCAACGGGAGUUUCGUAUUCGUUCUCUCUCGCUGUUGUAUCGCGCAACCGAUAUACAUCCUUCUCCCUGACCUGACGAUCUCUUCUUCCCUUUUCUUCUUUUUUCCUUAUUUUUUUUUUUUUCCAUUCUCUUUUCUCUUCUUUAAUUUAUUCGCGCGUAUUUAUUUAUUUAUUUUUUUUAACCCAUCCUUUUCCCCUUUUCCUUCCUUCUCUCCUCCUAUCCGUCGAUCGUUCGAUCGUCCCAUUCGACUUUUCGCGACGAUCGAAGAAAAUAUAAUUAUCGCGAAAGAAUAAUUAUUCGCCAAUGUGCCGGGCGGGAGCUACGACGAUGAUCGGUCUCAGUCGCGCGACGAACGCGAUCCGAUCCGUGUAAAAAAUCGGCAUAUAUAUAUACAUAUACAUAUACAUAUAUAUAUAUAUAUAUAUCGUCGGGUGAAUAAUAAAAUAAUUUUUUGAGUGUUGAGUGACGACGAAUCUUGCGCGUCUUUCGUCUCUCUCUCUCUCUGUCGGGGAGAAUCGAAUUCGGGGGGAAGAGAGGAGGGGCGAUAAACGAUCUGCGCUAGUAGAUAAUAGAUCUACAGCACAGCUGCGAUUUUUCGACGCGGGAUCCAAGGAACGGAAGUGAGCGGAAGGAAGGAAGGAAGGAAGGAAGGAAGGAAGGAAUCCGAGAAGAGGAUUUAAGCACGAACGAAGUUUAACGAAGCUUGUCGUUAGAGGAAGAGAGAAGCGGGGUUGAUAAGGCGAUAAAGCGGCUGCCGGGAUGCGGCACGAGGAGCCGCUAAGCUGCAGCUAACACGUGGCGACUCCACGCGCACUCCGCGAUCCCUAGGAAGGCGUAUCUCAUCGUGAGAGGCUGGGACCUCCAGGAUGCCAGGGGUGUGGAGGUUGCUACGUAUGCUGAUCUAUAUGGUGGUUGGCUUGAAGAGCGUUGGUAGCAGCAGCGACAUUUGGCCGCUGGAAAGGCCAGAGGGAAUGCCAGCCAUACAAUCCCUCGAGGUGAUGUGUGGAAAGGAUCACAUGGACGUGCAUCUCUCGUUCUCCCAACCCUUCGAGGGCAUCGUCUCGUCCAAAGGCCAACACGCGGAUCCGCGAUGCGUCUACGUUCCACCGUCCACAGGCCAGACCUUCUUCUCCUUUCGGAUAGCCUACGCGAGAUGCGGUACCAAGCCAGACAUGCACGGACAAUUCUACGAGAACACGGUCGUCGUCCAAUACGACAAAGAUCUGCUCGAAGUGUGGGACGAGGCUAAACGAUUGCGUUGCGAGUGGUUCAACGAUUACGAGAAGACAGCUUCGAAACCGCCUAUGGUCAUCGCGGAUCUCGACGUAAUCCAGUUAGAUUUCAGAGGCGACAACGUGGACUGUUGGAUGGAAAUUCAACACGGCAAGGGGCCCUGGGCACCACCCGUCUCCGGAAUAGUGCCGCUCGGCUCCACCCUCACCCUGGUCGUCGCCAUAAACGAUUAUCGAGGUGAAUUCGACAUGCGCGUCAAGUCUUGCGUGGCCUCGGACGGCGGUGGGCACACGAUACAGCUGAGCGACGAGUUCGGGUGCGUGCUAAGGCCGAAGAUGAUCAGCCGAUUCUUGAAGGCGAGGGGCUCCGACGAUCGUGCAACGGUCAUCACUUACGCCUUCUUUCACGCGUUCAAGUUCCCGGACGCGUUAAGCGUGCACAUCAAGUGCAAGGUUGAGAUCUGUCGUCACGGGUGUUUGGAUCACUGUCAGCUCAGCGGAUCCGUCGGCCACUACAUUCAAGAGCGCAAGGAUCAGAUACGACCGCAAUACCCGCAAACCACAAUACCUCCCACCGUUCACAACAACGAGGAUGACAACAACAGUGCCGACAAGGGUAACGAAAACGCGGGAGGUGGAGGCGAGCAGGCGGAUGGUUCCCUUUACGAUGACAUCAUUCAAGAUGGUGACGAGAUGACCUCGAUAGGGGGGCACUUCUUGGGGGUGGAGAAGUCGGUACCGAAGGCGCAAGCGCAGACGAGCAACCGGUUGCCAGCGCCAGUGGUCGAGAUACCGAACGAAAAACUUCAUCCGGACGAGACGACCGAUCCCUCGAGCCGACCGUUCCUUGAUCCAGCACGGGUAACGAGAUACGAGAGCGAUAGGGACAAAUUCCCUCACGGGCCUCGCAAUCUGGAGGGGGACACGAUACCGAGCGUGACACCUCUGUCGUCCCCUAACGGCAGACGAAAGAGAUCGGUGGUUGUGUCGGAUAGGAAAAUCCGUAGCGCGGACGUCGGCGUGAGCGGUUUAUACGAGGUGAUCUCCGAGGCCGAUCUAGCUUUCAGCCCGGACACACACGCGGAAGCGGUAACCGUGUUCCAAGGUAGAAUACGGGAGGAAGUGGUAUACGGUAUCUGCCUGCCCAUGCCAGGUUUCAGCGCCCUCUUCAUCGUGGUGGCGCUGUCCGCGGUCGUUUCUGCGCUUGUCGCGGGCGCGAUGCUGCAUCGGUUGCAGGCGCAACGCGAGGCCGCCGACAGCAGAAAGAACAAUGGAGCUGUGCACUCGACCAACGGGUGGUUACCUUACGGGUUGCUGCGCGUACGUUGCGCGGCGAGACCAGCCCAUCCGGAACAGAUUCAACAAAAACAAACGAAUCCAGUCGCAGCCACGACGAGUCCACCGGUCGAGAGAGGAGGUUGACGGACUUUCCGUGACUUUCCGUGUCGCUCGUGUCGCGGGACGCGCGACCGUGUACCACGCUCCACAGAAAGACAAUGUGCAAUAAUCACGCUGUACAAAGUAUUUUAAGUGCGUCGAAUCGUACGCGCGACAGUCUCCUCCAUUAUAUAUCGAUAUUACGAUCGCAUCAAUGGGACAAAGAUGUUAUAAAAAAGAAAAAAAAAAAAAGAAGAUGCAGUUGGUGCGUUUCAUAAUCCGAGAGCCUUCGACUCCUCUCAAUCUCCCCUCCUUCUCCAUCAUUUAUCUAUCUCCCCUCCCCACUCUCCUCUUUCCCUUUCCUUCCUCUUUUCUUCCUCGUCCAAGCAAAGCAAACGAAAGCGUUAUCGAACGAUUAUUUUCGACGAGUAAAAAAUAUUGGUAUUGGGUAAGUAAGGAAAAUAAUCAUCGCUAAAAAACAAUAUUCGCCGGAGGACGAGUUGAUGAAAUAUUCGCGAGAGGGAUAGUGUGUUGUUCAGUUGUACAACGAGUGUUUCCUCUCGAGUGUUGAGUGAAUAUUGUAAGGAAAAAAAAAAAAAAGAAAAAAAAAAAAAAAAAGAAAAAAGAAAAAAAAACACGUUUCGCUUGAUAUUGCGAAUAA